AUGGCUCCAACAAGGAUUGAUGUAAAGCCCGGAGACCUGAUAGAGAUCUCCCGUGGGAUUUAUCAGCACUGGGCCAUCUACAUCGGUGGAAUGGAAGUUGUUCAUUUGACUACUCCAAAUAGUGAUUUUUGGAUGGCCCUGGACACCACAGGAAAGGUGAAGCGUGAGAACAUCAGGGACGUGGUCGGCAAUGAUAGAUUCAAGGUCAACAACCUCCUAGAUGACAAGUAUCAGCCUCGUGAGCGUGACAUCAUCGUGAAGGAGGCCUGUAGCAUGGUGGGUCUGAAGAUGCCGUACUGUAUCGUCACUAGGAACUGCGAGCACUUUGUCACAGACCUACGAUACGGCAUUCCAGAGUCUCGACAGGUUAUCAGAGCAGCUGAGAUUGGAGGGGCAGCUCUAGUAGGUGUAGGGAUCGUAGCUCUGGGUGCUGCUCUGUUCGCAUCCUUGCUCAAAGAUGACAGCAAAGAAGAAAGUAGAGAAGAAAGGAGAGAACCAAGGAGAGAACGAAGGAGACAUUACAAUUGGCAGCAAUGAGACAGUAAGACGAAAGGAAAGAUCCUGCUAUUGUUUGAGUCAAUUCCCCUGCCAGUGAUUAUGAUUUAAACGUUGUGAAUAAACUAUCAUUUUUGUUGGUGUAUUGCUAUCAACACACACAUACACAACACACACACACAUACAAACACCCACACAUGGACACACAUACACAAUACAACUUUGGAUAAGAUUAAGCAAGCUUUUGUGGAGAAAAAUGAAGUUAUAGGUGAAUCCAUGGCUGUUAUGUUUGAAAUUAGUGCUGUUGGGUAAGUUGACCCCAUGGUUGUCUGUUUAAUGUCUGGAAUGUAUAAAAUGAUUAAA